AUGAAAGUUAUCCUGAUCGCUGCACUCCUCGCCUUGGUUUUGGGUACCGGAUACGGCUACCCGAAUCUAGGCUUCAAGCCGAAUGGCGGAUUCGGCGGUAGCCGCUUUGGCUUCGGUGGACCUGGUUUCCCGUUUGGUGUUGGUAACCUCGGAUUUGGAGCAGCUGGUUUCAACCCACUUCCCGGCUACGGUGUUAGCAACUUCGGCUUCGGAGGACCUGCCAUCAAGCCUGGUUUAGGCUUCGGCUCUGGAUAUCGUCAGGGCUUCCGCGCUGGCUUCGGCGCUAGCAUCAAUUACGGCUUCGGGCCCUACUGA